UGCAACUUGCAUCUUGACUUGCACACAGCGUUCCCUCUCGUGCCUUCUCGUCAUGGAUCCAGCAUCUUGCCUUCCAUUGGAGCUGCUUCACAAAAUCUUUCGACACUACUUAUCUGAUCGCAGGUUCCCCGUUGCAUCCUUUGAUCAUUCCGAUGGCCUUUGGGUCCUCGGGCAGGUCAAUAGUGCCUGGAGAGAUGCAACCUUCUCCGAUCCAUCUUUUUGGUCAACUAUUACUGCAACAUUCUCAUAUCAUGACCAAUUUAUGAGGAAUAUGAUCGAGGGUGUACCUACCGUACUCUUCAGUGAUAGAAUCGUUCAAAGUCUCGCAUACAUCCUCUGUCGCUCAGGAGAUAUCCCACUCUCCGUGUAUCUCCGCUUUUACAUCCACAAUCCAGACGAUGCGACCUUCCCAACCUGGAGAAACUUUUUCUUCCUUCUUACAGCACAAUCGAGCCGAUUUCGGUCCUUGGAUAUCUUACUUCCCACUGAAAUCUGGGAUUAUUUUUCGGGAACAAGACCAGAUCCCUUGCCGUGGCCUAACGAGCCGCACGAUACUUUUGAUACAGAUUGGAUCGUCCCUGUCGUUUCUAUUGAAUCAAUGCGUCGCAAGAUUCAUGCCAAUUACGUAGCUUGUACUGCUACCGAGAUGCCACAGCUUCGUCAUCUAACAGCUCAUGAAUCAUUCCUCGAUUCUGUUACUGCAUCAUCCUUGAAGUCCUUGAAAGCGAUGGAAGAAUUUUCUACAAGGACUUCCGCCGAUAUCCCGAGCCUUGUGGGCUUUCUCCAUCGCUCUCAAUGUGCCCUGACAGACCUCAGCAUCAAGUGGCGUGGCAGUCACGACGAACUCGUCAUCAUACUGUCUGGCCUGCCUAUGCUCGAGGCGCUAUCGCUUCGUAGCGGGUUUGAUAUCUCCUUCUAUAUGAGGAUGAAGUUACCAUCGUCGAUAUUACCCCGGCUACGGGCAUUUUCCCAUUGGGUGUAUAUUCCCCCCGCAUUCUCAAUAGCUCCUGAUGCAGAUGUUGCUGCCAUUAUCGAUAUGGUCGAGUCCAGGCUUGCGGGCGGCAUGCUGAAGAGCGUUGAUAUUGAGACAAUGAAACAGGCUAUAAACAAAGAUUUGAGGAAGAGACUAGCUUCCAUCAACGCGUUACCCAACGUGAAGGUUAGGAUUGGCGGUAUUUUCUCAUAGGAACCCAAUUUUCCAGUGGUACCUAUGGGCAGAGUCGAUGCAGCAUAUCAAUUGGUAGACCUGCGGUGUGGGGAGCGGCAGUUCGAGACGGAACAUCUGUUUGUAUUGUGCGAGUUAUUCACUAGUAUAGGUUUCCUUCAUUUGUCGGAUGAUAAGCCGUACUCUUUUCAUUGGUGGCCGUGAAUAAGCUCAAAGCGGCAGACGCCGAUGUUAAUUAAAAUCCGGUCCGCGGACCGAGACCUCUUAAAAA